AUGGCCUCUCUCCCGACAUCCCUCGUUUCCUUCAUUCAAGAAAAACUUGCCUCUGUGCCUCACUCCGACCUCGUGUCCAACCACCUCCAAACCCUCCUCAACAACGAGCUCGUGCUCGCCUCCUACCAAAAACUCAUGUCCUCCUCCGCCACCGCUCAUCUCGAGCACGCGCGCGUCACCUACCUCGACCCUGCCAUCGACCACCUCCGCACCGCCUACCUCGACCCGUUCGUCAUCCAGCCGCUCGCGAACCUCCUCACUGCCAUGCCGGACCUCUUGUCCGUCUUCAUCCUGCUCCUGGCCCUCUUCAUCUCGCUCAAGGUCCUGGACUACGGGCGCCGACUGGUUAUGUUCUGGGUCACGCUGGCCCUGCGCUUAGUGUACUGGGGGUUCAUCAUCGGCGCGGGCGUUUACGUGUAUAAUGCUGGGUUGGAGAAGGCCGCUCAGGAUCUGGGCUGGUUCUACGGGAUCGUUAAGGGCGCCGUGGAGAGCUUCCAGAAUGGUGCGGAGGGACAGCGGCAAUCGUCUGGUGGUUGGGGAGGGUAUUCCUACGGGGAUAAUCAGGUCCGGGUGUGA